CACAGCAGUUAGUAGCCCGGCGACCGCCAUUCGUUGGGGUCGUGUUCCUACAGUCUUACCGAGUGUUUCUCCAGUCGUGAAUGUUCAGUGAGAGCGAACCUUUACACUAGAGUAAAGCUUAGUGACCAUCAGCAUCAUGAUGGUCGCCAGGACUGUCAUACAUCAUCUACUUGUGGCUCUCCCGGUAGUGUGUCUGUUCGCAGCCACGCUAACCACCGCUUUUAAUCAGAAUGACGAAGACUUAAUAUUUGACGAUGAGGGUGUCGUGCGUGCCCGGCGUGAGGUGGAGGUUGCCCCAGUGGCUGAGCCCCUGCAGGACUCCUCAAACAUUCAUUCCCACUCUGGCAGACAACGUAGGCAACUUUUCUCCAAUCCUUUUGGAAGUACAUCUGAUGAUGAGGAUGAUGAAGGUUCAGCUAUCGAAGGCUCUGGCAUGGAACCACGAGUUUAUCGUGUGAUGUUCACUUUAGAAAAGCGAUGGACACAGGCAUACAGAAAUAGAGAAGGACCAGCAUACAGGAACACAAAAGCACAGAUAAGCAGUGCAUUCACAGAGCUACUGCAAGAUGUACAAGGGAACCCCAAUCUUCAAGUGGUAGCUAUGACAAAAUCACCAUCAUCCGAAAUUCGGUUGACAGUAGAUAUCACAUAUGACUGGGAGCCUGAAAGAAGUAAUGAAAUAAAGAUGAAGAUUGAGAAUGCUUUACGUAGUGGAUUUGUGGGCAGCCACCGUGUUAGAAAGCAAAGGUUCUCCAUCGAUGAGCAUAAAGAUCCAGCGGAAGGUUGCCGUGGUGAUGACUCGUUUUUAUGUAACGAUGAUGUUACUAUCAUUUGUGAAGUACAGCGGUGUGAUGGUUCAGUGGACUGCCCUGACGGAGAUGAUGAGGAAGGCUGUGAUCCAGCGGAAGGUUGCCGUGGUGAUGACUCGUUUGUAUGUGUUGAAGGUACUAUCAUUUGUGAAGUACAGCGGUGUGAUGGUUCAGAGGACUGCCCUGAAGGAGAUGAUGAGGAAGGCUGUGAUUGCUCAGAGGACGAGUUUACAUGUGAUCACGAACGAUGUAUACCCAAGGAAAAAAUGUGCGAUAUGAUCCAAGACUGCAUGGAUAAAAAGGAUGAGGAAAAUUGUUUUACCACAGCAGCUCCCCCACCAAUACCCUCAUGUCGUUCAGAUGACCAAGGCCCUAGGCAAUGUAAUGAUGGAGUUUCUUAUGCAUGUUAUUGUGAUGGUCAUGAAGAGUGCCCAGGAAGAGAAGAUGAAGACCCACAAACAUGUGGAACUUCGGGGUGUGAACCUGGUGAGCUUCUGUGUGAUUUUGGCACCCGUUGUGUUCAAUCCAGUCAAUUAUGUGAUGGUACCCGGCAAUGCCUUGAUGGACUCGAUGAACAAGACUGUACUCCUACGCCUGUGGUUUGUCCCAGUGAUCAGUUUGCAUGCAACGAUGGUACGUGUAUUGAAGGUUUCCGCCACUGUGACUUUGCUGUGGAUUGUCGUUAUGGCGAGGAUGAAACAUCAUGUGCUUGUGAACCACCAAACUUCAUGUGUAAUAGUGGCAUGUGUAUCAGCCCAGACAAACGCUGUGAUGGUACCCAGGACUGUGAUGAUGGGACUGAUGAAACCGUUAACUGCCCUUGUAAUGAUAAAUUCACCUGUGACGAUGGUCAGUGUGUGGAACAGACUUUGAGAUGCGAUGGGACCCCUGAUUGUAGAGAUGGGUCUGAUGAGAAAAACUGUCCUGAAUGUGAGGGGUCAGGCAUGUUCGAAUGUGACAAUGGGGACACUUGCCUAAGUGAUGAGAAACUCUGCGAUGGUUUCAAAGACUGUUCUGAUGGGUAUGAUGAAUAUGAUUGUUCGGGGCAGAUGUGUCCGCAGGGCAAAUUCAUGUGUGAUGAUGGAAACUGUAUUGAGACCGCUUAUCGAUGUGAUGGGACUAACCAGUGCCUUGACCAAUCUGAUGAAUCUGGCUGUCCCUGUGGAGAAGGGGAAUGGACUUGUUUAGAUGGAUCCUGUGUACCAUCAGAAGUUGUUUGUGACAGAAAUCCAGACUGCAUUGAUCGCUCCGAUGAAGGAAACUGUUCUAUUGAUGUUGUCUGUCGACCAAAUGAAUGGACUUGCAGAGAUGGAUCGUGUGUGGCAGAACGAAAUGUCUGUGAUGGACAAUAUGACUGCCCUGACAAUUCAGAUGAAGAAGAGUGCCAUAUCAAACCUUGUGGCCCAGGAGAAUGGACUUGUGUGGAUGGAUCCUGUAUACCACAGUCUCACCACUGUAACAGAGUACCAGACUGUCUUGACAAAUCAGAUGAGGAGAACUGCCCACCAGUAGCUUGUCGCACUGAUGAGUGGACUUGUGGAGAUGGGUCUUGUGUGCCACGUCAGGCAAGAUGUAAUGGUCAAUAUGACUGUCCUGAUAACACAGAUGAAGAGCGUUGCCCAAUAGUAUGUGGUUCUGGGCAAUGGACCUGUGAAGAUGGAUCAUGUGUUGCUGAGUUUGUUGUAUGUGAUGGCUACAAUGACUGCCCUGACCUAUCAGAUGAGCAAAAUUGUCCGACAACUUGUAGACCAGGGGAGUGGACAUGUUUAGAUGGGGCUUGUCUCCCAAAGGAAGUUCGAUGCGAUGGAUAUCCUCAGUGCCUUGACCGCUCUGAUGAAGAGAACUGCCCAGCAAAAUGUAGCUCAGAAGAGUGGACAUGUGGAGAUGGAUCUUGUAUACUCAAACAAAGACGAUGUGAUCGCCAUUAUGACUGCCGAGAUGGUUCAGAUGAAGCGGGAUGUAUUGAAGAAUGCCAGCCCUGGGAGUGGACCUGUCGAGAUAGAACUUGUCUCCCAAAUGAAGUUCGGUGUGAUGGAAUUCAUCAGUGUUCUGACCGCUCUGAUGAAGAGAACUGCCCAUUGAUAUGCGGAUCAGGCCAGUGGACUUGUGCAGAUGGUUCGUGUGUAUCAGAAGAUUCACGUUGUAACCGUCAGUAUGACUGUCCUGACUACAGUGAUGAAGAUGGCUGUCCUGCAGGUUGUGGCCCAGGAGAAUGGACUUGUGUAGAUGGAUCCUGUAUACCACAGUCUCACCACUGUAACAGAGUACCAGACUGUCUUGACAAAUCAGAUGAGGAGAACUGCCCACCUGUAGUAUGCGGAUCAGGCCAGUGGACUUGUGCAGAUGGUUCGUGUGUAUCAGAAGAUUCACGUUGUAACCGUCAGUAUGACUGUCCUGACUACAGUGAUGAAGAUGGCUGUCCUGCAGGUUGUGGCCCAGGAGAAUGGACUUGUGUAGAUGGAUCCUGUAUACCACAGUCUCACCACUGUAACAGAGUACCAGACUGUCUUGACAAAUCAGAUGAGGAGAACUGCCCACCAGUAGUAUGUGGAUCAGGCCAGUGGACUUGUGCAGAUGGUUCGUGUGUAUCAGAAGAUUCACGUUGCAACCGUCAGUAUGACUGUCCUGACUACAGUGAUGAAGAUGGCUGUCCUGCAGAAUGUGAUCGUACGCAGUGGACAUGUAGAGAUCGGUCUUGUAUUCCACAAGAAGGACGUUGUGAUGGACGGUAUGAUUGUCCUGACUACACUGAUGAAUACUCAUGCCCAAAUGUUUGUGACACUAAUCAGUGGACAUGUGGAGAUGAGUCAUGUGUUCCACAAGAGGCAAGAUGUGAUGGACAGUAUGAUUGUCCUGACUAUACUGAUGAGCAGGGAUGUCAAGAAGAAUGGACUUGCAGUGAUGGGUCUGCCGUGCCAAAACAAGCCCGCUGUGAUGGACGUUAUGACUGUCCUGAUUUUUCAGAUGAAGAUGGUUGUACACCAGAAUGUCGUCAGGGAGAAUGGCAGUGCAAUGACUACUAUUGUAUCCAAGAAUCUCAGCGGUGCGAUAGAAUCCCUCAGUGUCCUGACUACUCAGAUGAGGUAGACUGUCCAGCAUGCAAUUCACUAACGGAAUGGCAAUGUGAUUAUGGUCAGUGUAUUGACCGUAGACUACACUGUGAUGGGAAACAAGACUGUUUAAAUGACAACUCUGAUGAGAGAAUGUGCACAACAGCAUGCAGACCAGAUGAAAUGCGGUGCGAUGAUGGCCAGUGUCUAGUACUUAGUCGACGAUGUAAUGGAAUUGAAGAAUGCACGCGAGGAGAAGAUGAACGUGGCUGUCCUUGCCAACCAGAUGAAUGGAGAUGUCCAAAUGGCCAAUGUAUUCCCGCUGCCUAUCGAUGUGAUGGUCACCAAGAUUGCAGCGAUGGUUCAGAUGAAGACUGUGGAACAGUUCCACCAACUCCAGCAUCUCGCUGCUCUAGUAACCAGUUUCAAUGUAGCAAUGGGAACUGUGUAUCUCAAGCUUUUCGGUGCGAUGGAUUUCCUGAUUGUUCUGAUGGAUCUGAUGAAUCUGAUGCAGAAUGUCCCCCAGAAACCACCUCGUGUUCAAGCAACCAGUUCGCUUGCUCCUCUGGAGAAUGCGUUGGUUUGGACAAAAGGUGUGAUAGAAAAAAUGAUUGCUAUGACAAUUCUGAUGAGAGAGGAUGCCUUCCCUUCCCAGAUCGUGUGGACUGCAGAGAGAAUGAGUUUAAGUGCGCAAAUGGUUUGUGCAUAGAAAAGGCAUGGCGAUGUGAUACUGUACCUGACUGUGAUGAUGGGUCUGAUGAAGAAAAAUGUAUAAGCUGUAGACCAACUGAAUUCGAAUGUGGAGAUGGAAGCUGCAUCCCAGAAUACAAUAGAUGUGAUGGAAGAUAUGACUGCACAGAUGGUUCAGAUGAGCGUGUCAAUUGUGCUGAUUGUGGCCAGAAUGAAUUCCAAUGUGGAAAUGGUGACUGCAUUCCAUUCACUCAGCGUUGUAAUGGGUAUGCAGAGUGCAGAGAUCGAUCUGAUGAACAGAAUUGCAGCUGCAGUAGUGUUGAGUGGCAGUGUGACUCAGGAGAGUGUAUUUUCAGCACAGAAAUAUGUAAUGGCGUGCGGGAAUGCUCAGAUGGGUCAGAUGAAAGAGAUUGUUCAGAUUCUUCCAAGCCUUGCUACGAUGGCCAGUUCCGGUGCAGCACUGGUGAAUGUAUUAAUCACUCUCGCCUUUGUGAUGGCUACGAUGACUGUGAAGAAGGUCAAGAUGAGAAUUUUUGUCCCUUCAACUUCAACUCCCCUUCAAACUCCACCCCUGAAUUUGUUCCCGAAGCCCCAGGUGGAUGUACAUCAAAUGAAUUCCACUGUUUGUCUGGAGAAUGUGUCUCGUCAGGAGUUAAGUGUGAUGGACACGGGGAUUGCUACGAUGGCUCUGAUGAACAUGAAUGUGACGGUUCUGCCAGAAAUUGUUCAACAUCUGAGUUCAGAUGCAAUGAUGGUUCUUGUGUGCCUGAGACCGUACGUUGUAAUCGGAUAAAAGACUGCAUUGAUGGAUCUGACGAGCAUGAUUGUCCUGGCAGAGAAUGUCAGUCAUAUGAGUUUAAAUGCUUGGAUGGUCAGUGUAUAUCACUGAAUGUCCAUUGUGAUGGAAGAGUAGAUUGUCGAGAUGGAUCUGAUGAGGCUGGCUGCAAUGAAGAAACUACCACACAACGCUCAGAUUUCGAAAAUUAUAAUUCAUUUUGGUGUUCAGAUGGAGUACGUAUUGAUAGUUCACUCGUUUGUAAUGGCAACAAAGAUUGCAGUGAUGGCAGUGAUGAGGCUGAAUGUAAUUACGGAACAGACUAUCUCAGCUUGAAAACCUACCCCGAUAACCAGAACAUCCAGCAGAUUCCUGAAGGCCGUGAAGUGGUGUUCCAGUGUCGUGAUGAAGGUACAAUAAGAGCACCUGUGCGCUGGGUAAGAGAGGGGAACCGUCCAUGGCCUCCUGGAACUACUGACAAUCGUGGUCGCCUCACUAUGCCCAAUAUACAGGUAGAGCAUACUGGCACAUACUACUGUGAGGCCCAAGAUGUACCACCUUCAACACCAGGGAUAAGGAAAUCUGUCUUCCUACAGGUUACCCCAUAUGUGGUGGUGACCCCAUCCCCUACACCAGCCUGUGGAAUAAAGGAGGCAACAUGUAUGAAUGGUCAGUGUGUCGAUAAAGACAAGGUGUGUGAUGGCGUCUUUGACUGCAGUGAUGCUUCAGAUGAAAUGCGUUGCAAUCCUUUGGGUUGUGAACCAAAUGAAUUCCAAUGUGACAACAAACGAUGUGUUCUGAAGACAUGGUUAUGUGAUUCAGAUGAUGAUUGUGGGGAUGGUUCUGAUGAGAGGGACUGUAAUACAACUUCAUCUGAUUCACAUUGCAGGUACAACGAAUUUGCUUGUCAUGAUAGGAACCAAUGUGUACUUAAGUCUUUCAAUUGUGAUGGAGAAGUUGAUUGUCAAGAUGGGACUGAUGAAUUGGGAUGUGGUAAGCCCACAAUUCUUCGGCCUCCUCCUCGCAACAAGAUGGUGCAAGUUUAUGAAACAUUCACAUUAACCUGUUUGGCAAUUGGCACUCCCGUUCCUAUUGUUGUAUGGCGCCUUAACUGGGGACAUGUUCCGGACAGAUGUGAAAUGACUAGUGACAAUGGCGAAGGCACACUAGUAUGCCCAAGAGCUCAAGCUACAGACCAGGGUGCUUACUCAUGUGAAGCUCUCAAUAGCAUGGGAUCAGUAUUUGCUCAGCCAGACUGCAUUGUACAAGUAAAGGGUGGUUCACCUGUGUGCCAGCCACCACAGUUCAAUGCAGCAGCUGUCACUUCACAGGACUGUCUCACCUGCUUCUGCUUUGGAGCCACUGACCAAUGUCACUCUGCUGAUAGGUUCAUCACCCAGCUUCCUCCUCCUUCAAGUGAUUCUUUUUCACUGGAUAGUGUUAAUCUGGAUGCGCUCAACGGAAACUAUGUAAUCCGUACUGAUGUGUAUUCAAUUCCACCACGGUAUGUGAAACCUCAGUCAGCUAAUGCAGUUCAACUAUCUGUGGAUCGCACCAAAUUAAACGUUCCCACUGACCUUCUAGUAUUCUUCUCUCUACCUGACAGUCACAAAGGGCAGCAACUGUCUGCUUUUGGUGGUUAUCUCCGUUACAAAAUUCAAUAUUUUAUCACACGUUCUGGGAAGACCAUCAGUGGACCAGAUGUGAUUAUGAUGGGAAAUGGCUUAACUCUUAUGCAUAUACAUGAUGGGAAAUUCCUCCCCGAGAUUAUAAAUCAAGUAGAUGUGAAGUUCCAAAGUGGCCAGUGGUUCAAGACAGUGGUGUUUGAUGGGCAAGCAGUACAGCCUCACGAGCCAGCCAGCAGGGAAGAAAUCAUGAUGGUAUUAGAAAAUAUGGAACUGCUUUUAAUAAGGGCCCUAUACAGUGAUGGAUCAUAUGUGAAUGCUACUUUAUCAGAUGUGCAGUUGGACACUGCUGUAAUACCCGGUAGUGAACAAGGUCGAGCUGUGUUGGUUGAGGAGUGUAAUUGCCCCCAAGGCUACAUGGGCUUGUCUUGCCAGGAUUGUGCACCAAAUUAUCGCAGAGUGCAAGUUGGACCUUGGCUAGGUGAAUGUGUGCAAGAUAUAGAAUGUGGUCCUCAAGAGUAUGGUGACCCUGUAAAGGGUAUCCCUUGUCAACCAUGUCCUUGUCCACUUUCUACACCCACUAACCAGUUCAGCACUUCUUGCUACUUGGAUACUGAUAGUCGAGUAACCUGCAAUUGCCGACAGGGCUAUCAAGGUCGCCGUUGUGAAGUGUGUGCCAGUGGUUAUGAGGGCCAGCCUAACGUGCCUGGGGACAGUUGCCGGCCAGCGAGUGAAUGUGAUCCAACUGGUAGCUACUCUAGGGAACCAGAUGCCAAUACUGGACGCUGCCAGUGCAAGAAAUUUGUUACGGGACCUAAAUGUGAUCAAUGCCAGCCAAAUUCCUUCUACCUCAAUGAGAAUAAUCGAGAUGGCUGUAUUGAGUGCUUCUGCAUGGGCAUAACACGAGAGUGUACUUCAUCCAACUGGUACCGACAGCAGGAAUCUGUUUCCUUCACCAAUGAUCGUCAAGGGUUUGAACUUGUAGACAAGUUUCAGCACAAUACCAUCAGCAAUGAUAUAUUUGUUGACUCAGAUCGACAAGAAUUGGUGUUCAGCGAGUUCUCUAGACUUGGUCAGGAGGUUUACUAUUGGAAGUUACCUCGCCGAUUCCUUGGCAAUAAGAUAUCAUCCUAUGGAGGCAACCUAACAUACAGCUUACGUUACGUACCAGCUCCAGGAGGUCAAAGUUCAGCAAAUAGUGCCUGUGCUGUUGAAAUAUUUGGUAAUGAUAUAACUCUGAAGCACUACAGCAAGAGAGAGUUGAGUGCUGCUAGACAAGAGACUGUGAGCGUUCCACUGAAUGAGCUGGAGUGGGAACGACAAGAUGGUCAGAAAGCUAAUCGUGAGCAUUUCUUAAUGGUAUUAGCAGACCUUGAAUAUAUUCUCAUCAAGGCUACAUACACCACAAACUCUGAAGAAGUAGGGUUAAAGGAAGUAAUUCUGGACUAUGCGGAGCCUCGAAACACUGGCCAGGUGCGAGCUUUUGCUGUAGAGAUGUGCGAAUGUCCCGUAGGCUAUCAAGGUCUUUCCUGUGAAGAUUGUGCCAUUGGUUACACACGAAGUUUAUCUGGUCUUCACUUAGGUACAUGUGAACGUUGCAACUGUAAUGGACAUUCAGAAGAAUGUGACCCAGAAACUGGAGUUUGUUCGAACUGCAGAGAUAACACUGCUGGAGAUUUCUGUGAUGAGUGUGCACCAGGGUUUAAUGAAGACAGUAGUGGUCGAUGUUACCACCAAGACGGUGAAGGAGACUGUAAUUGUGACCAGCGAGGUGUUAUUUCUUGUGAUCGAGGCGUUUGUCGGUGUAAGGCUAAUGUACAAAGAGGUAACUGUGAUGCCUGUCAACCUGGAUUCUUCCAUCUUUCAAGUGGAAACCCAGAGGGAUGCCUACAGUGUUGGUGCAGUGGUGUCAGCGCUCAGUGUUUUUCAUCUAAUUUCUAUCGCACCCAGUUGCCUAUGCAGCUCCUAGUUGACCAUGGGUUCACUUUCACAAAUCGACUGCGGACAAACACGAUCAGAGAUGGAUUUGACAUCAAUGUAGCUAAUAAUGAGAUAUCUUUUGCUGAUUUUGCCAACCUCAAUGAAAGAGAAUCAUACUACUGGUCCUUGCCACAGAUGUUCACAGGAAACCGCCUCCCAUCUUAUGGUGGUAAUUUAACCAUAACUCAACGAUACCAAGAACAUCCAGGUGGUAAUACAUACUCUUAUCCAGAUAUUAUUAUCAAAAGUUCAGGUGACCGGGAAUUUAUUUGGAUGAGUCCACGAACUCUUCCACAGAACAUCGAAUACACUUAUGUUGUUCAUCUCACUGAAGACAGCUUUACCAUGAAUCAGCGGCCUGCUUCAAGGUCACAGUUCCUGAAUGCUCUAUCAUCUGUGGAUGCCAUCCUCAUUCGUGCUUCAAUAAGUGACAGAAUGCAUGCCACUUUCUUACGGGAUGUGAUCAUGGAUACUGCUGUACCAUCCCAGACUGGACAGCCUCGGGCAUUAGAAGUAGAGCAGUGUCAGUGCCCCAAGGAGUAUAGUGGAUUAUCAUGUCAGCAAUGUAAGCCUGGCCACUACAGAGACUCUGCAACAAAUCGGUGUGUUCAGUGCCCAUGUCAUGGCCAUGAAGAAUCCUGUGCCCAGCUUGCAGAUGGUAGAAUUAGGUGUGACUGCUUGCCAGGAUAUUAUGGCCCCGACUGUAAUGGAUCAGGUCUGAUGCUCGAGCUUAGGCCCACCAAGGUUCUCUUCAACCGACACAGCAGUGAAGUUUAUGAAAAUUUUACAUGCUUAUACUACUCCUAUGAGCCACUUCGAAUCGCUUUUACACGCGAACCCACAUUAGUAGAAGAUGGUGUUCCCAUGGCCCUCACGGAUACUCAGGCACCCCACAGUACAGAGGAAUACACCAAUGGGGCAAAGCACUUUGCUGUCCUGCGCCUCCUCAAUGGCCAUAAGACUGUCACUUGCCGGGUUUAUGAUGCUGAUAACAUGGAAGUGGCCCAGAUGGUGUCACAAAUUAUGUAUGUCAGUCAAAAACGGAGAUCAUAUUCUCCCCCAGUUCCAGACGGGCAGCCAUUUAUAACUGUAACUAUCUCUGAACCAAGAGUUACAGUUGCAGCAGUAGGUUCAACUGUUCAGUUCCAGUGUUCAGCACGAUCUCUAAGUGCAACUCAGAAUCUAGUUUCUGUCACUUGGAACAAGGCUGGUGGCGAACUACCGUAUGGAAGAGCAUCAGACAACCGUCGUGGUCUUCUUGUGAUCUCUCGGGUUCAAGUGACAGACGGUGGCACCUAUAUCUGUGCAGCAACAGAUGGCCUUGGCAGAGUGGUAACACAGAAUGCUACUCUUACAGUGGGAGCAGGAGGACGUCCACGUGUUACCAUAGAAGAACGUAGAGAAGAGCUUGAGGUAAUAAUUGGGGGAACUCUGUCAGUCCGCUGUUCUGCCACGGGAAGCCCACACCCUCAGGUUGUUUGGACUUAUGGUUCAAACCGUGAACAACUUCCUGUCAAUGUGUUUCAGCAGAAUGGAGUUCUUAGAAUGCAAAAUGUUUUACCAUCUUCCUCUGGUGAAUACUUCUGCACAGCAACAAAUGCUGGAGGAUCAGAUUAUGCUCGAAUCAUCAUUAAUGUGGUAACGGCUGAUUCAAUUCUCACUCCAACUGGAAGACCAAUUAUAAUUGUUCAGGUUCCAAAAGAAGUGGAAGUUUGGUCAGGAGAGACAGUACGUGUUACCUGUUCUACUGGUAGUCCAGGAAGCUUGAGAAUAGAGUGGAGUCGACUAGCACGACAACUUCCCUCACAAGCAGUAAUUGAAAGUGGUGAGUUACAAAUUCCUGAUGCUCGCCCAGCAGACAGUGGCACAUAUAUAUGCCGAAUUACAGAUGAAAGAACCAACUCCUUUGAAGAGUCUAUAACACAAAUCACUAUCACUGCAAACAUACCAACAGUGCAAAUUCGGCCUGAUCGCCAGACUAUUAACCAGGGUUCAACUGCAGAACUUCAUUGCAUUGUGUCUGGUGACCCAGCUCCAGUUAUUACAUGGUCAAAGGUGAAUGAAGAAUUUGGUUCUGGAGUAAUUGCAGAUGGAAAUAUUCUUAGAAUAACCAAUGCUGUGGUAAAUGAUCGUGGCAUGUAUAUAUGUGCAGCUGAAAAUAAUGGAGGCACUGCACAGGCAGCAGCAAUAGUGGAAGUUGAUCGUCGUGAACCUCCUGUAAUUGAAAUAUAUCCUGAAGUGAAACAGACCAUUGUUAUUGGUGCAAGUGCCCUCUUCCAGUGCCAUUUGACAGCGGGUAUCCCCAACCCAGUUGUCCGAUGGGCUCGUACUGAUCGUCGUCCAUUAACACCCAACACCGAAACCUUAAAUGGGGGUGUUCUCAGAUUCAACCAGGUUCAAGGUGAUGAAGAAGGAUCAUACACUUGUACAGCAGAGAAUGCAGCUGGGACAGUAACAGCUGUUGCCAUACUGGAAAUACAAUCAUUGCCAGUAAUAACCAUUCGACCUGGGCCCUCACCACACUCAAUACGUAUUGGUGAGCGUGUUCGCUUUGAAUGUUCUGUCCAAGGUGACCCAGCUCCAUCUGUGUCCUGGCAAAAAUUGCAGGUCAACUUCCCAUCCAACAUACCAAGUCAAUCAGUUAGUCCUGGUGUUGCUGUAUAUGAGAUUGCCAGUGUUACAAGAGCUGAUGAAGGGACUUACCAGUGUACUGCAAGGAACUCUGCUGGUAUGAGUGAGGAGAGAAUCCAGUUGACUAUUGAGGAUAUUCUGCCUGGCAAUCGGCCAGCAGAAACUCUUCCUGAACAACCUACUAGGCCAGAUGAUUCUUCAACAAUCUUUGUUCCUGUUGGAGGGUCUUAUGAUUUCUCUUGCUUUAAUCGUGGUCCUGAUGCAGAUAAUACCAGAUUUAUUUUUGAGCGUAGUGACGGGCGACCACUACCAGUGGGGGCCCGUAUUGAGAAUAAUGUUUUGCAUCUGAAUAAUGCCGAUGAGUCUGCAUCAGGAGAGUAUCAGUGUGUGGGUGUAGAUCGUCUAACAGGCAGAAUUCUUUUUACCAUCUACUCUCAAAUUGAAGUUCUUGGAGACCCGUGUACUCCCCGAGCUCGAGCACCUCCACGGAUAAGUUUGGACCCAGCACGUCAAGUUGUACGGCCUGGAGAGAUAGUUCGCAUUCGCUGCUCAGCCACAGGUCCUCAACCCAUUACCAUUAACUGGUCCAAGGAAUCUGGAUAUAUGCCUCCAUCUGUUAUUAUUAAUGGUGGUGAAAUGAUGUUCCGUGGAAUUAAGACAUCUGAUGCAGGCCGGUACAUCUGUGAAGCCAUCAACAGCGCUGGCACGACAAGAGCUGUUGCUGAAGUGAUUGUCAAUGCAACCAAGUUUGAAGACAAUCCUGAAGUACAUCUCCAGAAUCCCACCAAAAAUCCUAGCUCAAAUUUCGGUGGCAUCGGGGUCACAGAAGAUUUAUUUUUUGAUAAUAUUGAUGGUGAUGACAUUGAUCCAUCGUCAGCUCCUGCGGAAGGCUAUUUUCUGAGUGUACAGGAGGAGGUGAUGUGUAAAUUUUUAUGCCAAGACCACUCUCUGUGUCUUACCCCUUCCCAAAUGUGUGAUGGAAAUCCUGACUGCCCAGAUGGUUCUGAUGAACAGGACUGUCUAUUUGAUAACCUCAUGGCAACCUGCCCUGACUCUCCAUGUGGCAACAAGGUCUGCAUACCUCAGCACAAGAUCUGUGAUGAUAUACCUGACUGUAAUGAUGCUGCUGAUGAAAAAAAUUGUCAUGACAACAUAUUCGACUUAACUAAGUGCUCGGACUUCUUCAAAUGUGGUGAUGGUUCCUGCUAUUACUUCUACCUCAACUGUGAUGGCCAGUGUGACUGUAAUGACUGCAAAGAUGAGAAAGUUUGUUUCCGACGUAGAAGGCAUAUUACUCAUGAGGAACCCCUGUUGGCAGCAUUCCAGCAGAAUAUGGUAAUGUAUGUUGGUCAAACAGCAGAGCUGCGUUGUGAAGCUUCAGGAAUCAACCCAAGUGAUGUAAGAUGGACCCGUAUGAGAGGUCGCCUCCCACCCGGUGCUAUAGAACAUGGCAAUCUCCUCAGAUUACCUUACGUCCAACCCGAAGACAGUGGCAUGUAUCAGUGCGAGGCCAUCACGCCCUCUGGAUAUCGUAGCUCAGACGUCAUCACCCUCACUGUUACAAGACUUGAAUCUGUAGAGGUUAAAAUCCGUCCUAGCCGUUCAAAUGUUCGCAUCGGCGAUGACGUAGAGUUCACAUGUGAAGUUCGUGGUGGGUCGGAUGCUGCUUUGUCUUGGUCAAGAAUGAACUCAGGUCUACCUUCUAAUGCUCAGCCUUGGAACAACGUCCUCAGGAUUUUCAAUGUGCAGCCUGACAAUGGUGGAGUUUACAGGUGUACGGUCACAACAGCUAAUGGUGUCUUUGAAGGAAGCUAUGCUCUAGCUAUUCAAGAUAUAAUAUCAUCGCCUGUUAAUGGUCACCAUCCACGUUCAGUGGAAACAAGAUCUGUGGCCUUUGGUUUAGGGAUAGUGAUGGAGUGUCGUGUAUCGCUUUCUCCACCUGUGUCAUUCACAUGGAAUAAACAAGAAGGGGAAUUACCUGUCAAAGCCCGUAUUCAAGAGGCUGUCUUGGACAUCCCUGAGGUGCACACAGAGGAUGCAGGUCUCUAUAUCUGCACAGCCAGCAAUGAAGAAAGAAGUACAGAUAUUCCAACUCUUCUUCUUGUUACUGGAGUUGUUCCCAGGUUUGAAGAAUCGUCAUAUUUAUCAUUGCCAACACUGCCAAGGGCUUAUCUCGUUUUUGAUCUGGAAAUUUCGUUCAAGCCGGAAUCAGCAGAUGGUUUAAUCCUGUAUAAUAGUCAACGGGCCGGGCGUGAAGAUGGAGACUUUGUAUCAUUUGGUAUGAGUGGAGGACAUGCAGAGUUUCGUUUUGAUGUUGGGUCUGGGCCAUCUAUUAUACGCUCCAGGUAUCCCCUAGAAAUCAAUCAAUGGCAUACUGUGAAACUCUCCAGAGACCGAAAGGAAGGAAAAAUGAUUGUGGAUAAUAGUAAACCAGUUCAUGGCCUUAGUGAAGGACACUUCAUUGGCCUGGACCUUGUUGAGCUUAUGUACUUAGGUGGGGUGCCAGACUUCAGCAGAAUUCAUGAGCAGACAGGCUUUUCUUCAGGAUUCAGAGGCUGUAUAAGUCGCCUAGUGAUCAGCAACACCGUAACUGUAGACUUAAUGAGAGACACAAGAAAUAAGGUAAGAGUAACAUCUUGUGAAACUUGUGCUGGCAAUCCAUGUCAAAACAAUGGAGUGUGUCAAGAAGCAUACACUGAAAUGGGUCAUAAGUGUAUAUGUCCAGCUGGGUUCUCUGGUGGGCUGUGUGAAGACACUGGCGAAUCCUGCUAUCCAGGUGUGUGUGGUACUGGUCGCUGUGUCAACAAACCUGGAGGAUUUGAAUGUUACUGUCCAUUUGGUAAAUUGGGACAGCGUUGUGAACAGGACAUCACAAUCCAUGAGCCAGCAUUUGGUGAUGAAGCUUACAUUGCAUACCCAACACCUAGAGCACUAAGACGGUUUUCCGUAGAUAUGAACUUUAAACCUGAGAAUUUAGAUGAUGGGGUAUUGAUGUACUGCGCACAAAAAGAAAGUGGAGAAGGUGAUUUUGCAUCAUUAGCAAUUCGAAAUAAACGUCUGGAAUUCCGAUUUAAUACUGGAAGUGGUACUGCCACUAUUCAGAGUGAACCUCUUCAGCAAGGCCAGUGGAUUGAGGCCCGUGCAAACAGAACAGAUCGUCUUGGCUCCCUGAUGGUCAAUGAAAACCCAAUGCAAAAUGGUGAAUCUCCAGGAUCAAAUCGUGGACUCAACCUAGUUACCCCACUAUUCAUUGGAGGUAUAGAUCAUUCUCGAAUAGCAAUAUCCCCCGAAGUAGGAGUUAAGCGUGGAUUUACAGGAUGUGUAUCAGAGAUUAAAUUAAUGGACCAGGAUGUCAGACUAGCAGAGGCGCUGGUUGAUUCAGCCAACGUUGGUCAGUGUGGAGGAUCAUCAUCUGUAUGUAGUAGAAACCCUUGUAGAAAUAAUGGGCAUUGCACUGAUGACUCUUCUACAUCUCAUGGAUAUGUAUGCAAAUGCCAAGAAGGCUACAGUGGUCGUGACUGUGAGGUGGAGCCUGGAGUGUGCACCAUGGUUCAGCCAUGUCGCAAUGGUGGUGUAUGCAUUGGCUCUGGAAAUGACUACUCCUGUCGCUGUCCACUUGGCUUUGCUGGACAUCACUGUGAACAUUCUGUUGAAAUUGAAGGUUCGGCUUCCUUUUCAAGUGAUUCUUGGGUUGAGUUUGAUCAGUCACUAUUGCCACAAGAGGGAGGAGCCCCUCAGAAAGUCACUUUCGAGUUCUCAACACUAAAGCCUGAAGGCCUUCUUUUCUGGUAUGGUCAAGAGUCAAAUGUGUCUGGACGUGGACAGGACUUCAUCAGUGUUGCCCUUAGAGGUGGCUAUGUUGAAUUAAGCUAUGAAUUAGGAACUGGGCCUGCAGUGGUUCGGUCUUCAAGUCAAGUAAAUGACGGAGAGCGGCAUACAUUGAUAGUCAGACGUACUGGACGGGAAGGCUAUUUGAAAUUAGAUAGAUCUUCGCCUGAGACUGGGGAGAGCCCAGGUGUUCUCCACAUGCUCAAUGCAAAGGGCAAUAUAUAUAUUGGAGGAGUACCAGACUUCCAGGUUAUGACUGAUGGAGCACACACCAGUGGCUUUGAGGGUUGUAUCCAUAGGCUAAUUAUUGGUGAAGAAACAGUGGUCAACUUUAUGGAUUUGGCCCUCUCAGGCAUUAAUGUCACUCCAUGCCCGAGUUCCAGAACCACGGGAAAUAUGCAUGUAACCAACAGCUUUCAAGAGAGAGAUUUCACCAAUGGAAGGAAUUACAACCGCAGGACAGUCAUCAGUAGAAAGAAGACUGUUCAUACAUCACGAAAGAACAUACAUGGCUAAGCAGAGCUUAAUUGCCAAUUUUGGAGGCAGAGAGAAAAGGGAAGAGGACGUCGUAGGGGUUAACCUAUAGUGCUAAAAACCACUUCGCUGUUGCCAUCAUAUGGACUAGUCUUCCAGCAGGUGGAAAACAGGGAUGCCAUCAAAACUGCCACUACCCCAGU